AUGCACAUGAUCUCCAUAAAUCCCACCUCCAAGACAAGGUCCGAGAGCAAGAUCUGUUUUCAAACUGCUGAUUUCCUGGAUUCGCCUGUGUUGCACCUGUUCAGACUUGUUUCCAACCAGAUAAGCAGACGUGUCUUAGCAACACUGCAGCUCUCUGGUCCCAACAUCAGCGCGUUCGGUCCUUUGUUCACCAUCCACUGUUUACUUUCGCUUCAACGCCACUGGCGCUGCAAUGCCACCACGACAAACUGCAGAUCAAGCACAGCAGUCUGUCAGAAGAGCUGCAUCACGUGUGUGCGCAACAGUGUCCCAAAUGUUGGCACAGGCUUGUGCAGAGCUGGAAGAAACCUCGAACCCCAUUUUGCAUUCCUCCAGUACAAAUCGCCCCCUAUGUUUGAGGCAAAUGUAAUACCAUUAUGA